GAAGCACCUGGCUCCUGGCUUCGGAUCGGCGCAGCAUGCCAGUGGUAGUGGCCAUUUUGGGUGUGAACCAACGGAAGGAAGACCUUUCUCUCAGUCUCUCUCUCUCUCUCACUAACUCUGCCUGUCAAAAACAUUAUUAUUUAUUUGUUUGAGAGACAGUAAGAACUCUCAUCCUCUGGUUCCCUCCCCAGUGCCUGCACCAACCAGUACUGGGUGGCAGUGGAAACCAGGAACCAGGAGUCAACCCAGGUCUCCCAGGAGGGAGGCAAGACCCCCAUUACUUGCGCCAUCCCCUCAGUCUCCCAGCUCUGCACUGGGAGGACCGGAGUCAGGGGCUGCACCCAGGAAAGACCCCAGGUGCUGCGGUGUGGGCCACGGCUGUCUCAACCCAGGCUAAACGACGGCUUCCUAAACCCCACGGUCACCCUGGUUUGCAGUGCAUUCCGUUAGAGCCCCAGAGGCAUCGCAGGUGCAAAGGAGGUCAAAGCCCGGCCUUCGUGGGCAUACACGGUUUCAUUAAGACACCAGAGCCAGGUUAAGGAGAUGGUAACAGGGCAUCCUCUGGGUGACACAUCCUGCCCUGUCCCACCCCUCUCCCCUCCAUGGGUCUCCCUGUCUCGUCAUCAGUCAGAAACUCAGGCUGUGCCCAGCGCACUCCCAGGUGCCUUCCCUUCUCCUCUCCCCAGGAGUGGGCCCGUGCCAGCUCCAGCUCUGCACUCUUGGCAUGGGGCCCCAGAGCCUGGAGGGAGGGAACACCAGCCGGGCCCCACAUAGGCUGGGAGUCCUCUGGUGUGGCAGGGUGGAGCGCUUCUGGGAAGCAAGGCCAGUGCAAGCUGGGUGGACUCCCUGAGGGGGGCAGAGGCGUGCAGUGUAGAGAGCCCUGUCAUCAGACUACAGGGGAAGGGUCUGGAUGAUAACGUCAACGACCACUAGACGCUUACUCUGCAGGCCGCGGGAGACGCUGGGAUGCGUCACUGCGCCGGGUCCAGGCUUCAUGUGUGCGGUCACACCUGCGAGGCUGGCAGCAUUCCUCCCUUUUAUAGAUGAAGAGACUGGGGUUCAGGGAGGUGAAGCCAUUGUCCAGGGGCCACACAGCAAGGGCCUUGAAAGGAACCCAGGGCUAUGCAGAUCCAGACUGACCCAGGAACACCUGAGAACCAGCACACACACCCCCCACCCUCUCUCAGCCUCCUUGCCUGGAUGCCCCCAGCCCACCUCCUGCCUCUGCUUCCUGCCCUCCGUGUGUCAGCAAGGAACACAGGCCUGGGUUACCUCUGCUGGCCUAGAUCUGUUGUGCCCUGUCACCAAGGAAGCACCUCAGUUUCUUCAUGUGCAAAAUGGGGGUAAAAGGAGAGCUGUGGAAAAGCACGAACGUUAAGAAUGCUGGAACGUGCUUGCUUGAUUGCUUUUUUUUUUUUUUUUUUCAGUCUACAGGAAGUGUUAUAGACAGUGAGAGAGAGAGACAGACAGAGAGGUCUUCUUCUGUUUGUUCACUCCCCAAAUGGCCACCACGGCCAGCACUGUGCCGAUCCAAAGCCAGGAGCCAGGUUAUUCUUCCUGGUCUCCCACUCAGGUACAGGCACCCAAGCACCUGGGCCAUCUUCCACUGUCCUACCAGGUCACAGCAGAGAGAUGGACUGCAGAACAGCAGCCGGGACUAGAUCCCUGCGCACAUAUGGGAUGCUGGUACCACAGACAAAGUAUUAACUAAGUUUGCCAUGACACCGGCAUCCUGGAAUGUGCUUUCAACAAGGCUUGGGGCACUGGUGAUGUGGCAGCAGGUUCUAGCAAAGUUAUCUCAUCUCACCUCAGCACCUCCAAGCACCCAGCCUCGGGAGUCACAUCACAACCCUGCCGCCCUGCAAGUCAAGACCAGCCUCUCUCAAGGGGAGGCCUUAGGCUCCAGCACCUGAAACAAGGGGUCCCCAAGACUCUAUGGGUGCAUUUUGUUGAUUUUUUUUAUAGAUUGAUUGAUUGAUUUAAAGUGCACAAUGCCAGAGACAGGGAGUUCUUCCAUCCCCUCGGUCACUCCCUAAAUGCCUCAAAGGGUCUGGGCCAGGCUGAAGCCAGGAGAGCGAACCUCCCUCCUGGUCUCCCAUGGGAGUGGCAGGAACCCUAGCUGGAGCCAUUAUCUUCUGCCGUCUGCAGUGCACCAGCAGGAUGCUGGAUGGGAAGCAGAGCAGAUGGGGCUCCUACUGGCACUGUGAUAUGGGGUGCGGGAGUCUCUAGUGGAUCCCUGGACAGCAGGGUCGGGUCUGUCCCCUCUUGGACACCCCCGGAUGGGAGCUGCCCUCAGGCAGGGGCUGGGCCCAGAACAGAGGAAGGAGACUUGAGGCAACAACCCCAGGCCAAGGAGUCUGAGAAGAGGCCCCGUCCAUGAUGCCACCACUGGGGGAGGAGAGAGAGGAGGAGCUGCAGGAGGGACAGCUGGUUGGGAUAAAAGGAAAGAAUUUUGGAACCUUUUCCACUGUGGUUGGAGCUACAGGUGUGGGAACCACUUCGCACAGCGCUGGCCCAGGCGGAGUGUUGUCACCCGCCCGCCCAGCCGCGGGAAUGCUCAGCCGCAACAACACCCACAUGGAGCUGCUCAGACAGCAGUACAUCCAGGCCAUCGGUGCCCUGAUCCUGAGCAAGCUGGGGCUCUCCAGCCCCCCAAGUGACGAUGAGGUGCCGACUGGUCCGGUGCCCGAGGACAUACUCGCCCUGUACAACAGAACCCGCGAUCAGGUGUCCGGGGAGAGCGCUAAACAGAAGCCCCAACCCAAGUCAGGCUUCUUUGGCAAGGAGAUCAUCCGUGUGCCCAUGCUGGACAGCAACCACGAAAUCUACCAAAAAUUCAAAGAAAGCCGGCACAGCGUCUAUAUGCUCUUCAACACGUCAGAGCUCUGGGAAGCAGUGCCCAAGCUGGUGUUGCUGUACCAGGCAGAGCUGCGCCUGCAAGUGCUCAAGACACAGCAAGAGCAGGUCGUGGAGCUGUACCAGAAAUGCAGCAAUGAUUCCUGGCACUACCACAGGAAGCGGAAGCUGACACCCAGUGACAGAGAUGAGUGGUUGUCAUUUACCGUCACCAGGAUUGUGCGGCAGUGGCUGAGAGGUGGGGAGGAGAUAGAGGGCUUCCGCCUCAGCGCCCGGAGGUCCAGUGACAACACAGAUAAUGUCCUCCACGUGGACAUCAACGGGAUCAGUUCUGGCCGCCAAGGUGACAACGCCAACAUUGAGAGAAUGAACCGGCCCUUCUUGCUCCUCUGGGCCACCCCCCUGGAACGGGAGCAGUUGCUACACAGUGCCCAGCUCAGCUGAGUCCUGGACACCAACUACUGCUUCAGCUCCCUGCUGAUGGGCUAGGAAAGCAGCAUCAGAUGGCCCAAGGGAGAUCUGGAUGAAGCUCCUGGCUCAAACCUUGCCCAGCUCUGACCGUCACUGCCAUUUGUGAACCAGCGAAUGGAAGACCUUUCUAUGUCUCUCUCUCCCCCUCCCUUCUUUAUGUAAAUCUUUCAAAAAAAACUUUAAAAUAAAUAAAUGAAU